AUGAACACUCACUCUAUACCCGCGCUAAUUGAAAAAAGUUCAAACGACUCUGAAAGUUGUGAAGACAAUGCAAUGGGAGAUAUAAUAGAAGAGGUUAUUGAAAUAAAUAAAAAACUAGCAGAUAUAUCUAUUAAAAGUCCAACAAUGGAGCAAGAAAUGCCACAAAGAAUAAUUGCUGAAAAUCCAUUCGCUCCCAUUCGCAAAGGAAAUCAUAAAUGCUAA